GGUGUUAAGUCAACGGAAAUGCGCGUACUCGCCAUACCAACGAGCCAAAAUGGCGCUAUGUUUACGUCUCUGUGUAAUCGUGUAUUAUCUCUAAAAAAAAGUCUCAUGGAGAGCCUUGGUGAUUUCAUUCUCUGGGAAAGAUAAUUUGAUCAUUUCGCCGCACCAUCGAUCUACGAGGAACCGCACAUUCGAUCUGUGAGCGCACGGUUCACCAGCAGCAGGAAGCAUGCAGGCCGAGGCCGCAGACUCGUCCCUGAGAGAGUGCAUCGAGGCUCUGGGUGUGAAGGACUCCGAGGAACCUGCAGCGGGCAAAGAGGAAGAGGAGGAGGGAAACGUGCACGAACACGACACGGAGAUGACAGCUGAAGAAGACACGGCCAAAGGAUCGAAGGAGGAAAAGGGUGAUGAAUUUAAAGCACACAUAGCAGGUGAAGGCCCGGACGCGGGGGACAGAGAAGUGCACCGGGACGAGCCGCGGCCGGACGGGGGCGGAAAGCAGGCCGCCGGCGCGGACGGCGAAUGGGAGCUGGCGUACAGCGACGAGGAAACCGAGGACUCCAAAAACUGGAUGCCCCCCCCGGCGGAGAUCAAAAGACUCUACGAGCUUCUCUCCCAAGGGGAGAUGCUGGAAUUGAACUUUGUGCCCCUCCCCAGGAGGCCCCCGACUCCAGAUCGCACCCCGUCGCCUGAGCGGGAGGACGAGGAAGACGCAGGCAAGGAGAGGGAGAGGAAGGAAAGAGACCACAGGCCUCUCACUCCGACCGAGUUCGACUUUGACGAAGAGAAGACACAAGCCACUCCGAAAAACGCCUUUGUGAACAGACGCAGAACACCAGGAUCCUCGGCCCGCCCCUCGGUGAAGAGGGAAGCCCGGCUGGACAAGGUGCUCUCCGACAUGAAGCGCCACCGCAAGAUCGAGGAGCACAUCAUGCGCACGGGGCGGGAUCUCUUCAAGAGCGAGAAGAAGCUGGAGGAGGCCCUGUCUCCCAACAGCCAGAAGGAGCGGGAGAAGGAGAGGGAGCGCGACAGCAACCCCAACACCAUCUUCUCCCCGAGGCAGAGGAGGUAUUGAAGCGCUAACGCACGAGGACUUGCUCACAGACGAAAAGGGGGCCAAGUGCUUCCCCGGCUUUCUCAACACUUGAAUUUUUUUUAUCCAGCAAGUUUUGUAUGUUUUGUAUUUUGUAUGUUGGCAAUAAACAUUUUAACCCA